ACCUAGUGUUUUAUGCUUUUAUAUCUUCUUUCUACCUCUUCCUACCUAUGUGUUUUAUGCCUGUCUUUCUACCCCCUUUUAACCUAGUGUUUUAUGCUUUUAUAUCUUCUUUAUACCUAUGUGUUUCAUACCUGUUUUUCUACCCCCUUUUAACUGAUUGUUUUAUAGCUUUAUACUUGUUUCUACCUUUUCCUAUCUGUACGUUCCAUCUUUACAUCUUUUAUUCUUAUUUUCUUACAACCUCUUUUUAUUAUACUUGUCAACUCUCAACUUCUUGUUUAUCUCUUUUAUAUUUUCCCACCUUUCUUCCAACCUGUGUCCAGCCGUGUAUUCCAUACUUUCCUGUGUACAGUACCUAUCCUUUUUUAGUUACCUGUUCUAUACUUUGUAUCUUUCCCAAUACAGGAAAUCCUCGUUACUUCGAAUUAUCCGAAAUUUACAUAUUUUUGUACAAUAUGUCAAAUGCUACGUUUAUUAAGCAAACAGAAUUCCUGAAGUGUAAUACGAAUUUCAAAUAGUACGGUUACGAACUAACGGAAUUUCGUACUAUACGAGUUCGAAUUAACCAGGAACACCUGUAUAAGCUAUAUAUUUUACACCUUUCUGUCCGUUUUUGUCUUUAUUUAUCCUUUAAUAAUACCAAAGUAUUGUAACACAGCAGAAGCUAACUCCUCACUUACACGCAACUCGUUUUCAACGUAAAGUUGGCGCAAAAAGUGACUAAAAAAAUCCCCCUUCUAUAAAGAUAAAAUCCUGUGUUUUAUUUCACACUAGUUACUUAUGACGUCGAACACUUGUACCUUUUUUAAUUGUGUCGAUGGAUGGAAACAUUUCGGAACACAGCCAAGUUAAGGUUAUUCGCAGAAAUUUCUGUUUUUUCCCCUUUUCUUUGUUAAUAUCCUAAAUUCACGUAUAUUUUUGGAUUGUACACUUGUAUAUUGUUACGUAACUGACGUUGAAAUAAAUGUAGAAAGAAAACAAAAUAUGCAAAUUAAACGAAAUUUGCAUAUUUAGGCGACAAGAAUUUUUGGAAUCGUUACGUGCGUUGCUGCUUUAAUAUCUCCAAAAUUACAAAAGACCGUAUCAAUGUACCACAAUGGGAAUUUAUCAGACCUGAAGUCCAUCUACGUUAGCAUAUUGAUUAAUAAUUUUAUAGCAAUUUGUUUCAGUAUUCUUCUGGUGUAUGGAACGAGAAAAAAUUACAAGUUGGCAUUGAUUCCGUGGGUGGUGUGGAUGAUUAUAGAGUUAAUCGUGCAUGUCGUUUACGUGGGAGUGUUAAUUGUCUUCUCGAUUUCUAAUGCAAAGAUUGUUGGAUUGAUAAUAGGGAUAGUGUGUCUGAUAUCGUUAUUUAUAUGUUUACAGGUAUAUUUUAUACUGUGUGUGAUAUCUUAUUAUGAAUAUUUGAAAGAAAACGACGAUAAACCAAUCGAAUUGUCAUGAAAUCCUGGAAGAAGAUGCAAGGUAAUCAAUGAGAAGACA